CGAUGAAUGCGCAAACCAUAUUUCAUGUCCGAUGAAGGAAUCUUUCUGUCAAAAUACCGACGGAUCAUUUAAAUGUUUAUGCAGCAAAGGUUAUGAGCCUGUUCAUGACUCCAAAGGCCGACUUCAACGAUGUGAAGACAUCGAUGAAUGUUCACGUCGAAAACUAAACAAAUGUCCAAACAUCACCAGUUGUGUCAACCAGGAAGGCGGUUACACUUGCAAAUGUGCUCCAGGAUACGAACGCGACAAACGAAGUCACGCGACAGGCCCGAAAAUUAAGUGUAAAGAUAUUGAUGAGUGCUCAAGUAAUAGCAAGGCGUGUCACGAGAAAGCCUCGUGCUCCAACGGAAUUGGUUCUUACAAGUGUACGUGUAACCAUGGAUACGGUGGAGAUGGUCGGACAUUUUGCUUUCGCUUAGAAACAUGCUCAGAUGACAAAGACUGCAAGCAGAACCAAUUUUGCAAAGACUUCAAAGGGACACAUCUGUGUGACUGCACGGAGGGAUUUCAUUUCAAGGCCAAGCAAUGUGUCGAUAAGAAUGAAUGCGAAUUAGAUAAAAAAAUCUGCGGUUUAAACUCAGCGUGCACCAACACGAUCGGAUCAUUCAAGUGCAACUGUAUUGAUGGUUACGAGAGUAAAGAUAAUGAUGGAAAGAACUGCUAUGAUACUGAUGAAUGCAGCGGAAAGAGGCAGCGUUGUGGAGGCGAGGCAGUGUGUAACAAUACCAUAGGAUCAUUCCAGUGUAUUUGCCCAAAAGCCGGUUUUACCUUCGAUGGCAGAGAGAAGGAAUGUUAUGGCAAGUGUAACACACUAGUCCGUACAAAAAUUAACUGGCGCAGAUCAGAUUCUUAAAUUAUUACAAUCAUAGUAAAUCGUGCUAAUUUUUGUACCAAGUCUUAAAAUUCUGGAUAUUUUGUCAUAUAAAGAGCGUGGUCACAUAGCUACAACGUUUCUCGUGUCGAUCGCAUUUCCGAUCAAAGAAAAAUGGCCAGGGAAGAUGCUCAAUAGAAAGAAAUCCAUGGAAGUGCCAAAGGCCGGUGGUGCAAGAAAAUCUGAGUGCAAAGUUUUUGUAACGAAAUGAUGAGUCCAUGACCGAGCUCAAACUAAAAUUGUGAAUUAUCAGUUAUAUUGUCUUUACAACAAUUUACAAAGAUAUACUAUUUCAGAAUAAUCACAGUCGCCAAGUUAUUAACAGCUUCAUCCGUCUACUCCAGCU